UCGCCAAGAAAAUCAGCACUAAACCUUCCUCACUUCUCGUUUCCUGGCUGCCAACAGCGACAUCAUGAGCUUCCUCUCCGAUGACUCGUUUGCCAUGACUCCAACGCUCUUUUGUCGCCAGGAGAAGAUCGUUUCGUUUACCGGCGCGCUCUAUGCCCAUCCUGUUGGUGAGAAUCGUCAUCUCCAGAUUUUUGCCGUGAAGCCAAUUCUAUCGAUCUGUACUCUUGAUCCAUAUGCAUUCGCCUUCGUCGACUCUGUGGACCCCAUCUCACUCAUCGACAACCUGGGUUGGCUCCCAAUGGGUGAUUCGCCUCCUCGCAGCUACUGCCCAGCUGCCAUUCGUGCCUUCUAUUCCGAUCUCCGAAUAGAUGGGCUCACAACGGGCAAAUUCACUACUCUCGUAUAUGGUCACAUGCUUAUCCUUUCUGUUGAUGAUCUUGCUGCGUUCCUUGUUCUGCCUACUCUAGGCAAGCAGCUAAUUAUCCCUUCAGAGUUCUGGUCCUACAAGUUUGACAUGCGCCAGGAAGCCACAAAUCGCUCCUUUGAUUCGCUGGAUUACUCACUCAAGCUUCUACACUACUACAUCACACGAGUGUACUUUCCUCGCACUGACCGCUUGGAUGUCGUUGUCGUUCUGCCUCUUGAUUGUUGGGUCAUGUCUCACGCCAUCUCCGAUAUGUCUUUGAGCUAUCCUCACAUGUUGUUUGGGGAAAUCGUGGAUGCUGCUUCCAACGAAUCUCCCAUUGUUGGUCUUCCUUUUGCUGCGCUGAUUACGCUGCUGCUUCAGCGUGUCAGUGUUCCUUUCGCUGACUUUAUCAUCGUUUCUGACAAUGGUGUUCAUCCCACCAUCGAUGAGGUGCUUGCUGUGGUGGGAAUACCCCCCAUUGUUGAUUUAUCAUCAGGGGUAGAUGACCAUGUGGACACGAACGCAGCUAUUAGAGAAAGAUGUGAUGAGCUCGCCAAAGACGAGGAGUCCGCGGAUGGUGCUGCAUUUGCUUCCUCCUCUGUCUGUCCCUUCAAGCUCAAGCGACAGGCUAAAGGACCGCGUCCUUCUAGCAGAGUUCUCAAGCGUCUCAGGAAUCGAAAACCAUCUCAAGGAGUGGUUCUUUAUGAGAAUCAUGAUAUUGAGCAAAACAAUUAAAAGCCUUAAGUUUGGGGGAGCAAGUUUCGAGUAGUUGCUUGUUGCUCUUUUAAACGGUUUAUUUGAACUAUUGCUUUUAAGGUCUUGAUUGGGUCAGGGGGAGUAUUCAAUUAUGCCUCUUAUUUGCAUUGUUGAGUGUUUUGAUUGAAUAAUGUCAUGAGCUAUACACAGGAUGAAUGAAGUAAUUUGUUUUCUUAAUAAUCUGUGGCGUAGGAUGAAUGAGUGAUCUAAUAGCUUUUGUUCUUUAAUCUUGAGCUUUAUGGUGAAUGAAGCAUAUGCAGUAAC